GUCCUAAAAAUAACCGAGGGGAAGACAGGCGAGCAGGCAGGCCCUCCCAAUGACUUGGCUAAAGCCUUUCGCCAUGCUGCCCACUCCAUGUUGAUCUAACCAGCCGCUCCGCUACAAACUGCUCUUUACAGGAAGGAUGAGCCAUUAUUUCCAUUCUCUUCGUCUGUGAUAAACUGAUAAACUGAACUUGAUUUGUGACCCAUCGUUGCUGAUCCGAGCCACAUUGUGACCUUAACCAUGGUGCGUAAUGUGGAUGACCUGGACUUCUGUCUGUCCUCUCAUCCUCAAAGCAUCCUGGAGGGCCUGCGUUCCCUCUGCUCUCACCCUAAACUGGUGGAUGUAACUCUGUGUGCAGGUGGUCGGGACUUCCCCUGUCACCGCGGCGUGCUGGCUCUGUGCAGCAGAUACUUCCACUGCAUGUUCUCGGGCGACUUCGUGGAGAGCAUCGCCGCGCGCGUGGAGCUCCAUGACGUCGAUCCGGACAUCCUCAGCCACUUGCUGGACUUUGCCUACACGGGCAAACUUACCAUCAACCAGAGCAACGUGGAGGGUUUGAUCUGCACCGCCAGCCAGCUGCAGUUCCAGACAGUGAGAACCGUUUGCAGCCGAUACCUCCAGCACCAGAUAGAUGCGACCAACUGCCUAGGGAUCCUGGAGUUUGGGGAGGUCCACGGCUGCCCUGAGGUGGUGGCCAAAGCGUGGGCUUUCCUCCUGGAGAACUUUGAUGCUGUGCAACAGGGUGAGGAGUUUCUGCUGUCAGGAAAAGACAGGUUGGUUUCCUGCCUGUGCGAUGAAGGACUACAAAUCCAGUCAGAGAGCGUCCGUGUGGAGGCCAUCCUGAAAUGGGUCGGUCACCUCAAGGAGGCUCGACUUUGCCACCUCCAUGAACUCCUCACGUUGUCCCGCCUCGCUCUACUCAGCCUGGACUACCUGGCUGACACGCUGCUGAAGGACAGCCUGGUUCAGGCGUCUCCCAGCUGCAGAGAGGCUGUAGAAAAAAUUCACAGAGAGAAAAUGGAUUUCACAUCAGAGCACUGGGACACAGCCACCUCUCAGAGCCCACAGCCAAACCUGCAACAGGUGCUGUUUGUCAUGGGAGGUCGCUCACUGGAUGACGACGAGGAUGAGGAGGAUUCAGAUGAAGAUGAGGACAGAGACCCAAGACUGCUGCCCAGGAACUGUGCCUUCUACGACCCAAAGACAAAACAAUGGCAUGAGCUGCCAAAUUUCCCCAAUCCAAACAAGUGGGGUUACUCUAUGGUGUCUUUGAACAAUGAUGUGUAUGUCACAGGGGGCUCAAGAGGUUUGAACACCAACACCUGGUCAACCACAGAGACCUGGAAGUACAUCACAAGAGAGGGGAGGUGGGUUACUGUGGCACCCAUGCUCCGGCCUCGGACUAACCACACCUCGGCAGUGCUCAACGGGGAGAUUUACGUCAUCGGGGGUACCACGUCAGACAAAGUGGAGGUAGAGCAUUAUGACCCUUACAACGACACGUGGGUGUUGACGUGCCCGGCUUUAAAAUAUGUGACCAACUUCACCGCCACAGCGUGUCACGGGAAGCUCUAUGUGAUUGGCUCUUGUGCUGUGAAGUACAAUGCUUUGACCAUGCAGUGCUACAACCCUGUUAUAGAUAACUGGAUCAGCAUAUGUUCCCCCUUCAUCCCUAAGUACUUAUCCUCUCCACGUUCAGUAUGUGUGGAUGGUUUUAUUUAUCUGGUUGCUGACAACACUAAGAAAGUCUACUGCUACGAUCCAGAUGCAAACAUGUGGCAGAAGGUUCAGCUUCUGCACAUGCUGCACGAGAACGGCGGCCUGGUGGCCCUGGAUGGGAAGCUGUUUGUCACUGGAGGUCACUGGAAAGGAAUGGAGGGCGACUACGGCGUGGAAGUGGAGGUUUACAACCGAGCGCCCAACACCUGGGAAAUGGAGUGUGUCCUGCCGAGGCUGUGGUUCUACAGCGGCGUCUGCACCAUCUUCUUAGACCCGUCACAGUGGCCUGAGCUGUUCCCUGUAGAGUCGACAUAAUGUGCUCCUGUAGUGACGGCACUGAACUCAGUGUCUAAGAGUUCCUAUUAUAUUUAUUUUACAAUGCAAAUGCUAUGUCCUAGAGUAGUGCGUCACAUGAUCCUCAGGUAUUGUUUUGAUUUUAGGAACAGCUUGGCCACUCAGCUGGUAUUUAUUUAUACUUUCGAAUGGUAUCGUAUGUCUUUGUGCUAUUAGAUGUUCUUCGUGAGUCAUUGUCGAAAACUGUUUGUGUUCCAGAUAAGUGGUGGUGGUCUCUAUGGAGACAAAACUUUGAAAAUCCUUGACAAAAUCCUAUUUCAUCACUACUGGAGAAUUAUCCACUCAGCAUUUCAAAUGAUUUGGCACCAGCCACUCUAUGAUUGUAUGUGCAUGCGGCUGUUAAAUUCCAUUAUUUCCUAAUGUCCUCUCUUCUAAAUUGUGCUACACCAUUUCACCAUGUCAGUUUUUCCUGUAGCUGCUGCAGAAAAUAAGUGGAACCUUUAGGACUUUUAAAUCAGUUUUUAAGCCUGUCAAAAGCUGCUCAGCUCACUAAUCUAGUCUUUAUUCUAGACAAACCAUGCAUCUGUGACUCUCUUUCUUUCUUUCUUUGUUGUGUACUAUGUGUUUGGGAGGUAAAAGUCAUACGGUGAUGUCUUUCUGAGCUGCCAACGGACUGCAGAUGUGAAUUAGCUCUAAUCUAUAAUCUGAUUCAACACUUACUUGAGGAGAUGAGCAGAAUCUUUUUAAAUCACUUCUUAAAACCCAUUUUUACAGACUUGCUGUUCCGCAAGGUUGUGUCUUUACCUUGGGUUUUAUUUAGUGACUUAUUACCUUUUUAUUGCACUUACUUGUUUUGUGUGACUUUAUGUUCUUAUCUUUAAUUCUCUUUUGCUUUUUAUAGAUUUUGACAUUUGGUGGCUUGGCCUUUGUUUUUCUCUUGCCCUGUUUUUGCUCGUAAACUUGUAUUUUUAAAUGUGCACGAUUAAUAGAUUCUAAUUGUAUUUAU